AUGCUUUUGGUAGAUCUUCCCUGGACUGCAGCAAGCGCAUUUUGCCAACCCGUGAGCUUCCGUGGUGCAAAGUUCAAAGAUGCCGACCAGAUCAGACCCGAAGUCAAUGGGCAAGCUGGCCGCCCGUCCCGAGAUCAGAUCCUGGCAGACACGGCGCAAGAGUACCUCACUGGAGAAGAAGCUCCAGAUCAGCAGUUCUCCGAACCUUAUGCACCGUCCGAGCCCAGACCUGCACCAGCAGAUUACCAACAGCUUGUGAAAAGAGUGGCCGAGUUGGAAAGCCGUCUAACAGCCGCCCAGCAGGUCCCUGCGGCUCCUCCGCGUUCUGCAGCGAAAGCCCCGCCGUUGUUCGGAGCUCAGACCAGCCCUCUGGAUGCAGACCAGUGGAACCGCAUUCAGAAGUUAGCCGGCAGCCCGGCCCCUCGGGUAGGCUCAGUGGAAACUCGCAGGUCUCUGGUUCCUGCUGCAACCGACUUCCAAGAUCAUGCACUAGCAACUUUGGAAAAGGAAGCGGAAGAGGAUGUGCUGCCAGCAGACUUGAGUCAACUUGUGGCCUCGGCGUCAGACCCUCUCUCGCAGAUCCUAGCAGCUCAACUGCAGCAGAACCAGUUGUUGAUGCAGCGACUGUUACCGAAACAACAAGAUCCAGUCCUCGGCGCUCUGGCCGGCUCGGACAACGCAAGCGGCAGUGGCUCCAAUGUCAAGGGCUGUCUGGCCCGCGAAGCUUUCCAGCGGACUAUACAAGAUCUGCCGCGGGUUGCAAUGCUGGUCCAGAUGAAUGCCAUGAAGGAGCUGGGCUUUGGACCCGACCGGGUGGAUUCUUCACUCAUGCGGCGGUAUGUGGAGCGCCGGAUUCCUUUGCAGGAGUUUCGCCUUCUGUCCUUGGUUGCGACAAUGCUGGCCGAGAGUUGGGCGAUUGGUUACGAUGCUCAAGACAAGCUGCUGAUGGGUUCGAUUUCCAGGAUGCUGCUGUUUGUCGAGCAGACAGCUCUAGAUGGGGGCAAGACCCAACUGAGUUGGCUCCUUUCUGGAUACCCAGAACCUGCAAGUCAUCUUCUCAUGUCGUCACGCAAGAAGCCGGGCCUGGAGCCUUUUGCCAGACUCUGUCCAGCUCCGUGGGUAGCGGCAAAUUUGAGCUACCUUCGGGAUUUGGAUUACAUGGAGACUCGCAUGGCGGCGUUAGGGAAGCCCAAUCGUUCCAAAGCUGCCCUGUCCGACGAGGAGAAAGAUCCAAAACCAAAAGCAAAAGCAACUCCCAAAGCCAAGGGCCGAGGGAAGGGUGGAGGCAAGCAGUGGCGAUGGACGGCAUCCUUGAAACCCAAUCCUAGGCGCCGAAGGCGCCGGAAGCUGCUUGAAGUGAGAAGCCGCCUAGUGAACAUUUUGCUUUGCACGUUGAAUUGGGAAACGCUGGGGCAUCCCAACAUGCCUCCUCCCAACGCCCAACUAGGGGCGCCAAUCAGUGAACAACAGCACGGCAUCAUCGAACGUUUCGAGGCCAUGCUCUCCCACUUUCUCAGCGUAGCUCCCUUUGAGGGUUCAGAGCUGGGCCGUGCAGCGGGAAAAUUUCAGGGAUUAAUUGACACGUUGACGGAACUGCCCAAGUCAGACUUAGGGUUCGAGGACCUCUUCGAUGUUCUUCAUGAAAUGCACAAAAGUUUUGAUUCUUAUGGUUCGCAUUUUGCACCAAAACCGAAGCUGCCAAACCCACAGCUCGACCAUGAGCUUUUGACCAGCGCUGGCACUGUUACAGUGUCGAUGCCUAGUGCCAAGCCGGUCGAAUCAGCCCGAGUGAAGUGGGAAAACCCACCAUCCUUUGAUGCGGCCGGGUAUUUAGAUCCACUGGUGCGUGAGGGUCGUUGUGAGUUGCAAGUCCUUGCCGUUCUCGGCCCAGUAGCACAGAGUGACUUGAGGGCACGCCAUUCUAACAGAAUAUACAGCACGGAUGCGAGCCCCUUCGGGGGUGCAGUGAUCGCGGCAGACAUAGGUAUCCUUUUUGACUGCAUAGAGAUUUUCAGGGGUAGCGGGAACUGGUCCGAUGCCCAUGCCGAGCGCGGCAUGCGUGUGCAUGAUGGCGUGGAUGUGUCUGGGCGCAGACUGCGCUAUCUGGACCUUGCCAAGCCUGCCGUGUUUCACGAACUCCGAGCGCUGGCCUUGCGCCGAGUUUGCCUGGACUGGCAUGCUGGAAUGCCUUGCGUAAGACACUACAUCAGCAUCGAGCAGCCCGGCAGCAGCCGCCUGUUCCUGCUGCACUGCUACAGGGUUUUGGUGAGCCUGGGAUGCGUAAUUAGACAACAUUUCGUGGUGCAGGGGUCUUUCACAGCUGCGAGCAUUGCCGAUUUCGAGCGGCGGUGCCGUCCUUCCAGUGCCGCGGUGUAUGGGCACAGCCCACAAGUUGGGGUGAAUCGCAGUGAUGGUCCCUCAAGAGACCGCGAGCUGGAGCCUCCAUCCAGGGAGAUGCCGAGAUGGCUCGAACGGCUGAUGCAGGGUGAUCCUUUUGCUUUUGACAGAGUUGUGCAAUCCAGCCGGAUUUCCAAAAAUCCAGCGCGCUGGCUUCGUUUCUUGCUGCUGCUUGCCGGGGACAUUGAAGAAAAUCCAGGUCCCAAGCAGUCGAGAGGCCAGCUUGAUAUGAGCAUAGGUUUCGCAAAAACGACUGCUGAUCGGAUGACCAAAUGUUUGUCAGCGUUCAGCCUCUGGUGCACCGACAAGCUUGAGGUUCCUUUUGAGACUGUUUCUUCAGACAUGUCAGCUUUAGCCUGGUCCCUUCGGGCCUACGGUUUGUACCUUUUCGAAGCAGGACUGCCGCGUUACCUGCUAGUGUAUGCCAUCACUGCUUGCCAAGACCGUUUUCCAGCCUGCAAACCUUUCUUGAACGUUGCGUGGCAGGUGGACCGCAAGUGGCAACUUCAU